AUGAAUGAAAAGGCUCCUCUCUCACUCGGAACGGGACAGCUCUUGUCGAUUGCAAAGAAUGACCUGGAAUCGCUGAAGUGCUAUUACGAUCAUGGUAUUCCUGUCGGGUAUGGCACCAAGAAAAGAUAUAGGCCAAACAAAAGACUUGUUAGCUUUUAUGAAGAAAGUCACAGCCGAGUACCCGAUACGACCGAGGCACAUCUUGGUGAUAAAGGAUUGAAAGUCAACAGAAACAAGAACAAACAAGAGCAAGAUCAAAAAUAUUUUGAGAAUACGAAGAAAGAAAGCCAAAAGAGGUCCUCUGAUUCCAUCGAUGCUGAUGUUGGGGAAACUGACGUUUCUUACGAAGACCUAUGCAACAAAGACGACGAAUUGAUCCUCGGAAAAGCAAUUAGAAGCGAAGAGAAUUUAAUGUAUAGUUAA